UGCACAAAACUGGCUGCUUCUGGUUUGAACGCAUUCAUACAAAAACCGAGCCGGUGUGCUGCAGGCGAACCAUUGGCACAAAAGCGAGCCGGCGGUGCCACAGCGUGACGUUUUAGCGGCGUGAAGACGACGAGACACUCGGCCCAAGUUGCAGAGGAGCUCUGACGGCAUGCAAAGUUGUGAAAUCUCCUCAGACGGCGCUGAUGAUCCUCUUAAUAGCGGCCUACGCACUCCUCAGCAGCCUCGAGUAGUUGUGAUCGGUGCUGGCGUGGCCGGCCUCGCUGCAGCCAGGGUCCUGCUGAAGAGGGGCUUCACUGAUGUCACAGUUCUAGAGGCCUUAGACCGCAUCGGUGGGAGAGUUCAAAGUAUUGACUACGGUGAAACGGCUUUGGAGCUCGGAGCGACUUGGAUCCACGGCGGCAAUGGGAACCCCGUGUACCACCUGGCCGAAGACAACGGCCUGCUGGAACAAACCACAGAUGUUGAUAGGAUCAUCGAGCGCAUCAGCUUCUACAACAAGAACGGCGUCGCUCACUACCUGACCAAUGUUGGCAAGAGGAUCCCCAAGGACCUGGUGGAGGAGUUCAGCGACCUUUACAAUGAGGUGUACCAGCUGACUCAAGAGUUUUUCCAGCAUGGGAAGCCCGUUGAGGCCGAAAGCCAGAACAGCGUUGGCAUCUUUACACGAGAUGUGGUGCGCAAGCGGAUUACGAUGGAUCCUGAUGAUUCUGAGAAUACCAAGAAGCUCAAGUUGUCCAUGCUUCAACAGUACCUCAAGGUCGAGAGUUGUGAAAGCAGCUCACCCAACAUGGAUGAGGUGUCUCUAAGUGACUUUGGCGAGUGGACCGAGAUCCCCGGUGCGCAUCACGUCAUUCCCGCAGGCUUCAAUAAGAUCGUGGAGCUCCUGGCCAGCGACAUCCCCCCUCAUACCAUCUGCCUUAGAAAACCAGUCCGCUGCAUCCACUGGAAUUACUCUGCCCAGCGUGACGAGUCGGUCGGCAAGCGUGACGACUUCAACCGGGACAACAACCACAAUCGAAACAACGCUGGGUGCCACGGUCCGCCGAAGGCGGGGAAGCCCAUUUGGGUGGAGUGCGAAGACGAGGAGUGGAUCAUGGCCGACCACGUGAUCGUGACCGUCUCCUUAGGUUUUAUGAAGUACAACCACGAGGCCAUGUUCUCCCCUUCUCUACCAGAGGACAAGGUGCUGGCCAUUGAGAGGCUGGGCAUCAGCACCACGGAUAAGAUUUUCUUAGAGUACGCCGAGCCAUUCUGGAGCCCCGAGUGUAACAGCAUUCAGUUUGUUUGGGAAGACGAGGCCCAGCUGGAACAGCUGACUUACCCCGAGGAGCUGUGGUAUAAGAAGAUCAGCAACUUCGACGUGCUCUACCCCCCAGAGCGCUACGGCUACCUGCUGAGUGGAUGGAUAUGUGGCGAGGAGGCCGUCUACAUGGAGCGCUGCGAUGAUGAAACUGUCGCGGAGACGUGCACAGAGCUGCUCAGGCACUUUACAGGGAACCCCGACAUUCCAAAGCCCCGGCGCAUCCUGCGCUCCUCCUGGGGUAGCAACCGAUACUUUCGAGGGUCCUACUCCUUUGCCAGGGUGGGCUCCAGUGGCGGAGACUUUGAGAGGCUGGCCACGCCGCUGCCUGACGCCAACAGCACCAAGGCUCCGCCCCUGCAGCUCCUGUUCGCUGGCGAGGCCACCCACCGCAAAUACUAUUCCACUACCCAUGGUGCAUUGUUGUCCGGACAGCGAGAGGCCUACCGUCUGGUGGACAUGUACCAGGACUGGCACACCACUGAACACCACAAAGCCUAAUAUGUAAAUAUACGCAAAAAACAAACAAAUAAAAAACCUUUGACACAUCUGAAAAACAAACACUUAAAAAAAAAAAAUCUUACAGCUUAAUUUAUGAUAUUAUAUAAUAUAUACUGUAGGUGGUGGGCAUUAUUACCUUUGGUAAUGUUUUUCUGUACUGUAGAUGCAAAUCACGCCACAUUUACUGUAUGUCAGGUGAAACACUGAAAAUUUGCCAAUGGUGAUGUCAUUUCUUUUCUUGACCACUCAAAAAUUAUGGUUUUUUUUUAAUGCAAAAAAAAAUCAUUUAAUGUCUUUAAUAACACAGAAACUGUGAUUUAACAUUUUUUAAUGUCAGUGCCUUCUUGAUCUAAUGUUUUAAAAAUAUAUAUACCGUACAUAUAAAAAUGCUGAACUUUUAAACAAAUUAAAUGGUUCUACUGUCAUUUCACAAAACCA